GGCGUCCUCGGCGGCGUCUCAGCGGGGUCACGCAGCGGCGCGGGCGCCCGUGGGGGUGGGCGCCGGGGCCCGUGGGAGUGGGUGCCGGGAGCGCCGCGGCGAGUACGUGAGCCGGCGGGGCCGGGCGGCGCAGGCCAGGCGCCGGAGCUGGGGCUGCCACUGGAGGCACAGCCAUGGCGGUGGAGAACAUCAACGAGCUGCCGGAGAACAUCCUGCUGGAGCUGUUCACGCACGUGCCGGCCCGCCAGCUGCUGCUGCGCUGCCGCCUGGUCUGCAGCCUCUGGCGCGACCUCAUCGACGUGGUGACCCUGUGGAAGCGCAAGUGCCUGCGAGAGGGCUUCAUCACCGAGGACUGGGACCAGCCCGUGGCCGACUGGAAGGUCUUCUACUUCCUGCGCAGCCUGCGCCGGAAUCUCCUGCACAACCCCUGCGCUGAAGAGGGCUUUGAAUUCUGGAGCCUGGACGUGAACGGAGGGGACGAGUGGAAGGUGGAGAACCUGCCCGGAGACCAGAGGAAGGAAUUCCCCAAUGACCAGGUCAAGAGAUACUUCGUGACUUCUUAUUACACCUGCCUCAAGUCCCAGGUGGUGGACCUCAAGGCCGAAGGGUAUUGGGAGGAGCUGAUGGACACCACACGGCCGGACAUCGAGGUCAAGGAUUGGUUCGCGGCCAGGCCAGACUGCGGGUCCAAGUACCAGCUGUGCGUCCAGCUGCUGUCGUCCGCGCACGCGCCUCUGGGUACCUUCCAGCCAGACCCCGCGACCAUCCAGAAAAAGAGCGACGCCAAGUGGCGGGAGGUCUCCCACACCUUCUCCAACUACCCGCCGGGCGUCCGUUACAUCUGGUUUCAGCACGGCGGCGUGGACACUCACUACUGGGCCGGCUGGUACGGUCCCAGGGUCACCAACAGCAGCAUCACCAUCGGGCCCUCGCCGCCCUGACGCCCCCCCGCGCCCCGCCCUCCAUCGAGGCCUGACUGGGCCAGGCUUCCCGGGGCUUGGAGAACAUGUCACGGCCCUCGCCCACCUUGGACCACGCUGACCUGUCCCCGCGGUCGGAAGGACACGGUGUCUGGACCCCACCCCUGCUGUGUGCAUCCCAAUAAAAGGUGUUCCCAGCC